AUGGUCCCCAAAAUCGUUUCUAGUCCCCGUUCCUUCCAGUCCAUACCCCACCCACUCAUCCCCUCUCUCUUCUUCAUCCCUCAUCCGGCCCUACCCUCCCCCGCCUCUCUCAUCGCCUGUCUCUUUUCCCACUCUGAUAUCACUCUCUCCUUCCUCCCUAACCCCGUUCCCUUCCAGCCCAUCUCCCACCCACUCAUCCCCCUCUCUUCUUCAUCCCUCAUCCGGCCCUACCCUCCCCCGCUUCUCUCAUCGCCUGUCUCUUUUCCCACUCUCAUAUCCCUUUCUCCUUCCUCUAUAGCCCCAUUCCCUUCCAGUCCAUCUCCCACCCACUCAUCCCCUCUCUCUUCUUCAUCCCUCACACCAUCCCUCUUCUCCCUCCCUCAUCCCUACCCUUCCCCGCCUCUCUCAUCGCCUGUCUCUUUUCCCACUCUCAUAUCCCUCUCUCCUUCCUCCCUAACCCCGUUCCCUUCCAGUCCAUCUCCCACCCACUCAUCCCCUCUCUCUUCUUCAUCCCUCAUCCGGCCCUACCCUCCCCCGCUUAUCUCAUAG